AUGCCGAAAAAUCAAGAAGAUUCCGAGGAGAAGGGCGAAAAAGACGAGCAAACUGCGAAAUUUCUUCACAAACUCGCGGAAAACGGAAAAGAUCGCGGACUGCCCGACUGUGUUGUUGCUCAAUACGAGAAAAAUGCUUGGGAAGCUACAAACAGUGACGAAAAGUACAAAAGUUGUGAGAAAUGCGGAAUGCCGCCACCGCCGCCAAUUGAUGGCGCAAAGAAUUCUGUUGUCGAGGAGGUAUGCAAAAACUGCGAGACGAUCAACGAAAAGCCCAUCGGAAUUGAGUCGCAGAUUCUCGAAAAGCGGCGAAAUGAAGAGAUUUUGAAGAGAAAAGAGGAGAGAAAAUCUUUGAAGCGAAGUGCCGAGGAAUCUGUGACGAAUUCGGCGCCAGAGAAAAUCCAGAAAAAGGUUCAUGUCAAAAUAAUGCCUAGAAAAUGCGCCCCACAAAUCCUCCGGCGAUCGCUCGUUCCACCGCCAAUCCUCACACCGAAGUCGGCAAAGAAGAAGCUGAAGCUCGCCGAAAACAAGGAGCCCGAUUUCUUGAAGGCGCUUCUCAACGUCACCGGCAACCCUGUUUAA